CCACCGCAGACAGCUAAGACCCCCUUAUAGAUUUAAAGAGAGACUGCAUUGCCUGACGUUCAUUCAAUAGAGAGAUCACACUACUACACCAUCACAUCUCCACUGUGUCUGGACUGAGGAUGUUAAAUCGCCCGGGCUUGCUAGGACUUCUUGUGACUAUGUCUCUGUGUCAUUUCAUGGAAGAUCACACUGUCCAGGCUGGGAACUGUUGGCUUCAGCAAUCCAAGAACGGACGAUGCCAGGUUCUCUACAGGACAGAACUGAGCAAAGAGGAAUGCUGCAAAACUGGCAGACUGGGCACCUCCUGGACUGAGGAAGACGUACCCAACAGCACGCUAUUCAAAUGGUUGAUAUUCAAUGGAGGAGCACCCCACUGCAUACCCUGCAAAGAAACAUGCGAAAACGUGGACUGUGGACCUGGGAAAAAAUGUAAAAUGAAUAAGAAAAAUAAGCCAAGAUGUGUUUGUGCCCCGGAUUGCUCUAACAUUACCUGGAAAGGCCCUGUGUGUGGGCUGGAUGGCAAAACGUACAAGGACGAAUGUGCUCUACUCAAGGCCAAAUGCAAAGGCGUCCCGGAGCUGGAUGUGCAGUAUCAAGGCAAAUGCAAAAAGACGUGCAGAGAUGUCCUAUGUCCGGGUACCUCCACGUGUGUGGUAGAUCAAACCAAUAAUGCCUACUGUGUGACGUGUCAUCGGCACUGCCCAGAGCCUACCUCCCCAGAACAAUACCUAUGCGGAAAUGAUGGGAUUACAUAUGCCAGUGCUUGUCACUUGAGAAAAGCAACCUGUCUCCUGGGCCGGUCUAUUGGUUUGGCGUAUGAAGGAAAAUGCAUAAAGGCCAAGUCGUGUGAAGACAUCAAGUGCAGUGUUGGAAAAAAGUGUCUGUGGGACAGCAGAGUGGGAAGAGGGCGCUGCGCAGUGUGUGAAGAUUACUGCCCGGACAGCAAGUCUGACGAAGCGGUUUGCGCCAGUGAUAACACCACCUAUCCCAGCGAGUGUGCCAUGAAGCAGGCCGCCUGCUCGUUGGGUGUACUUUUGGAAGUCAAACACACCGGAUCUUGCAACUGAACCUGCAAUAAAAGCCUGAUCCAUUGGGUUCUUCAGAACUUUCUGCAGUUAAGACUUCAUAGAUUAAUUUAAAAAAAAAAAAGAUUUAAAAAAAAAACACAAAGGAAAAAAAAAAGUAUUAAUUAAAAGUUGAUGCUGAAACGCAUCGCUGCAAGUCACAUACAAUGCAACGCUGUUUUAUGGCUGUUCAGAGAGCAAAACAAACAAACAAAAACAAUCAUGCACUGAGCUUCUGCGCUGUUGUUGUCCUUAUUUAAACAACAGCUCCCCUAUAUUCCCCUAUAUAGCCAUUAAUGAAGAUCCUGAGGAAGAAGAGGAGGAGGAAGACCCCGACUACAGCUUCCCAUUAUCUUCAGUCCACUGGUAAAACUGUUGGAACAGCCUUUGGCAAGGAGUGAUGUCCAUACUGUAUAUAGGUGUAUGCUUAUUUAUUUUGAGGAAGAAAAAAAGUAUACAUAUAGUUGAGUCUGGUAGACAUUUAUUUAUACUGUGUCAUGUUUUAUAAUUUAUACAUAAAAUGUCUGUUUUUUGACUGUACACCUUGUUUUGAAGAAAUAUAUUCGUCAAAGGGAGAGCAGUGUUAUUUAUUGUGAGAAACCUUUGCUUGUAAAGUUCAGCUUUUUUGUGUAAGUCCAUUCCUUAUAACUGACCAUUACUGUCCACUCCAUACACUGAUUUUAUAGAGUAAGUGUCGGCAGGGCCUGAUUAUAGGGAGGGAAUGUUUCCGGUGCCUUCCACCACCGUGGAGAUCUCUGAAGCCUCCACCACCAACCCUACCUGCUCAGGCCGAUUACAAUCAUGGGGCCCAGUAUUUUAAUUAUUUUUUUUAAAUAUGUCCCAGGAAGAGUAUACGCUGCUCAUGUUUAGGACCCUCACCUCUCUCUUUUCUAUGACCCUGUUGAGCUGAGAAGAAGAGAGGAGUUGGUCAUGCAUUAAUGUGGCUCUCUCUUUUAUGUCUAAGGAAGUCACUGUCUCCAUAACUCCUGUAGACUUUACCAGAGAACGGCUACCUCUCCUAUAAGUGACUGUAAUAAAGAUGGGUCAGGUGAGGUCUGGGAUCCUGCGGUGGAAUGAGGGCUCCAUCCAACCUUAAAGAGGUUAUCUAGGAAUGGAAAAACAGAGCUAAUUUCUUCUUAAAGCAGCACCACACCUCUCCGGUUGCAUGUGGUAUCACAACUUUCGCUCCAUUCACUUCAAUGGAACUGAGCUGCAAUGCUGCACAACCUACUGAUAGGUGUGAUGCUGUUUUUGGAAGAAAUCAGCUCUGUUCUAAUCCUGAAUAACCCCUUUAAUCUGGCCCUGAUUGUUGGCAAAGUUUUGCAUCCCAUGGCUUAGUGAAUUCUGUUGUCCCAGUAGAAACCUUGAUGAGGACAAGGCCAUUCACGAAGCCCUGUCCUGCAGAACCCAGCCUGUUCUAGAGCUUUUUCUUUGAUUUCCUCACAUUUGCAUGUCAGUUCCAGUAUGUUUAUUUAUUGGAUUUUACCUUUAGUCCUGUACAUACAUCCUUUGGGUUUUGUUUACAAGGAAUCUUGACUGACUAAAAGAAGCUGCGAUCAGUAUAUCAACAGAGGUUCAUGGAAACCUGUAUCUAAUGGCCAUUUUUACGUGGUGAUGUGUAUAACCACAAACGCAAGGACUCUAUGGGAAGCUAUCCCGUUAAUCCAUGAUCCAUGAGCCCAUGCCAAAAUGUCAGUAUUGUUCCAUAUGGUUGUCACCAUAUCAGAGCUUUAUUAGUCCAAGUUUCUUGCUUUUCACAAUACUCUUCUUUGUUUCUGAUUCAAUGUUAUAUUUUCGAAACAUGGCAAGUUAAAUAUAAAUUCAUUUAAAUAUAUAGUUUUGUACUUUUUUACCAUGUAAAUGUGCAAUGUAUAUAAAAGUUAUAAAGUGUAUUUGUAAAUAAAUUAUGGUUGAACAAUAAAAUGGAAAUUUCCUA